GCCACCGAGCCCAGACUCACCUCCUCAUCCUGAAUUAUGGAUAAUGUAGUCCGACUGCAGCGCUAAGGCUACUCGUUGAGAGAAAGCGGCGCGCGUUCUACUACACCUCCCAGAGAACACCGCGGCAUUCAGAGCUGGAGCUGCGAGUGAAGCAAAAAGGAGGAACGUUUCAGAAUUCGCCUUCAGACUUGGAGCGUCGCUGCGGAAACAAAUAAUGGCCUAGCAGUCCAGCUGGCUGCCUGUGUUUCUGUCUUUGUGUGUGUGUGACGUCCGGGUUAUGAGCAGCAGUAAAACGCCCCGCUACAGCCAGUACUCUGGAGGAGCCGCCGCCGCCACAACAUCCAUCUCCAGCAGCCCCUCCUCCCCCCCUGCAGACUCGAGUGUUGGGAACAUGAUGGAGGCGACCUUUGGCCCCACCUUUUCUUCCUCUGGAGCUAAAGCAGAGAGCUCCAGCACCUACAAGCAGCACAGGAGAACCCCGUCCUCCUCCAGCACUCUGACGUACUCCCCUCGUGACGACGACGACGGAAUGCCUCCCAUCGGCACGCCUCGGCGGUCUGAUUCAGCCAUUUCCAUUCGCUCGCUUCAUUCCGAGUCCAACAUGUCGCUGCGCUCCACGUUCUCUCUGCACGAAGAGGAGGAAGACACGGAGCCGCAGGUGUUCGCUGAGCCGCCGUCUGUGAAGCUGUGCUGCCAGCUGUGCUGCAACGUUUUCAAGGAUCCCGUCAUCACAACAUGCGGGCACACGUUCUGCAGACGCUGCGCCUUGACUUCAGAUAAGUGCCCCGUGGACGCAGCCAAGCUAACCGUCGUCGUGAACAACAUCGCUGUCGCUGAGCAGAUUGGCGAGCUGUUCAUCCACUGUAAAUACGGCUGCAGGGCGGUGACCAACGGCGCCGUGGCCCCGGCAGCCUCGGUGGCCGGUAAACCCGGGGCCCAUGAGGUGGACCCCCUAGGCUGCCCCUUCACCAUCAAACUGUCCUGUCGCAAAGAGCAUGAGGCGAGUUGCGACUACCGGCCGGUGCGUUGCCCCAACAACCCCUCAUGUCCCCCUCUCCUCACUAUGAACCUGGAGGCUCACCUCAAGGAGUGUGAGCACAUCAAAUGUCCGCAUUCCAAAUAUGGCUGCACGUUCAUAGGCAACCAGGACACAUACGAAACCCACCUGGAGGUUUGCAAAUUUGAGGGUCUGAAGGAGUUCCUGCAGCAGACGGACGACAGGUUUCAUGAGAUGCAGCUGGCUCUGUCUCAGAAGGACCAGGAUAUCGCUUUCCUGCGCUCCAUGUUGGGGAAACUGUCUGAGAAGCUGGAUCAGCUGGAGAAAAACCUGGAGCUUAAAUUUGAUAUGUUGGAUGAGAAUCAGAGUAAACUCAGCGAGGACCUGAUGGAAUUUCGUAGAGAUGCCUCCAUGCUGAACGACGAGCUGUCUCACAUCAACGCCAGGCUCAACAUGGGAAUCCUCGGCUCUUACGACCCGCAGCAGAUCUUCAAGUGUAAGGGGACGUUCGUGGGCCACCAGGGUCCGGUCUGGUGUCUCUGUGUCUACUCCACCGGCGACCUGCUCUUCUCUGGCUCUUCUGAUAAAACCAUUAAGGUGUGGGACACCUGCACUACUUAUAAGUGUCAGAAAACCCUGGAAGGCCAUGAUGGCAUCGUGCUGGCCCUGUGCAUUCAGGGUAACAAGCUGUACAGUGGAUCUGCUGAUUGCACCAUCAUAGUGUGGGACAUCCAGACCCUUCAGAAGGUCAACACCAUCCGUGCCCAUGACAACCCCGUGUGCACGCUGGUCUCCUCCCACAACAUGCUGUUCAGCGGCUCCCUCAAGGCCAUAAAGGUGUGGGACAUUGUUGGGACGGAGCUGAAGCUGAAGAAGGAGCUGACGGGGCUGAACCACUGGGUGAGGGCACUGGUGGCGUCCCAGAACCACCUGUACAGCGGCUCAUACCAGACCAUCAAGAUCUGGGACAUCCGUUCUCUGGAGUGUGUUCAUGUGCUCCAGACCAGCGGGGGCAGCGUCUACUCCAUCGCCGUCACCAACCACCACAUCGUAUGCGGCACCUAUGAAAACCUCAUCCAUGUGUGGGACAUUGAGUCUAAGGAGCAGGUCCGAACCCUGACCGGCCAUGUUGGAACCGUCUAUGCUCUGGCUGUCAUCUCCACUCCGGACCAGACUAAAGUGUUCAGUGCCUCCUAUGACCGCUCCCUCAGGGUGUGGAGCAUGGACAACAUGAUUUGUACCCAAACUCUGCUCAGACACCAGGGCAGUGUAACGGCACUGGCCGUCUCCAGGGGGCGCCUGUUCUCCGGAGCGGUGGACAGCACCGUUAAGGUGUGGACAUGCUGAACAAACCGUUCGGCUCUUCAGGCGUCCAGCAGACGAAACGCUCCAGUAACUUCUCCAAAACGCUCCAUCAACAUCUCUAAGGACGACUCGCUCCCUCCACCGUAUUCAUCUCCGGGUCUGACCGGACCGGCCGCCUUACAGCCGCACAUAACCGGACAGAAAGCAGGAAGUGGACGCCCGCCCGCCCGUCGCUUCCAGAGCUCUCCUAACGACGCCUGAUGCUCAAAGACCGGUCUCACUCCAGAUAUCAAACUUUUCCGUGGCUUUUGAAGAUGUUGUGGUUUUUACUGUAAACUUUAAACUCGACCACUCAAGUUACAAACAUUGAAGUGGUCAACAGCAUCGGUUUCAUCUUCAGUGCAUUGUCUUUUUCUUUAAGCGGCCUUUAUAAAACAGCAAUGUGUUUAGAGUGAAGGAUCUAUUAGUGCCAUGAUGAGGUUGUAUUCAGCGCCUGUACAGCUGAAACGUUGGUCUUUGUUCAUGCAUGUGAUGUGCCUGUCGAAGCCUAAAGGCGUUUUGUUUUUUGUUUUGUUUUUUAAAUGAGUGCCAUAUAUUAGAGUUGUAUCGAUACGUCUUACACUCCUUUCUGUUCUCAAAGAAUUAUGAACAAACUCCAGAAUAACACCACCAAAGUAGUUAACUGUAAAUAACUUUAAAAAAACUAAACAAAGGCAGAGAUAGACAUUAAUCUCAAGUCUUAAUGUUUGAGGACCCAUAUUGGGUUGACAGUAACGAAGAAUAUGAAAUACAGACUGUUGAUAUGAUCAUGCAUAUUACACGUUUUAGCUAUAACGUUUUGAAAGUGUUUUUAUUUCAGCUCAUAUUGACUGUAGCUUUGGUACAGAAGAAGGAAAGAAUGAGACAAAGUGUCUUAACUUGUAAUCAUUUAAGGUCGACUUGAUCGCUGAUCAAUAAAACGGUUGUACUCUUUGA